AUGGUGCGUACAUGGUAUGUUUGUGAUCAUUUAGUUGAGAAGAGGAUCAGCGGUUGUGGAGGUCCUGCUGGUUUCGGAGGAGACAAGAAGGUUGAGCGAAGACCUGUGGUGAAAGCUAGGCUCGCCGUGGCAGGGCUGCUUAGUCAGGGAAAAAGUCUUUUUUUCACUCCAGCAUACCUGCUGCCUCAGUACCCUGCACACUGGGCCCUUUCAUCUCAGACGUCGGAAGGCUACUCGCCAUCAAGACUGUCUCUGUGUGAUUACAACGCGAGAACGGUAUCCACAGGCGCUGACAAGCUUGCUCUUCUCCGAACUGCCGCGGUGUUGGUUUUGUUGUGCGCUGAUCUGCCGUCCAUCUUGUCGAUUCUCACGAGAUCCUGUCACCUCGGCAAUUCCUCACCUCCGUCCUCUGAGCCAAAAACCCAUAGCAUCUUUAACUGCUACUCACCAACAUCAGCAGCUGAUGGGUUCGAAUUGGAAGCGUUUUACGAGGAGCUGGAGGAAGUGAUCCGCAACGAGAAAUUCUUCCAUGAAUUCCUUGUUAGAGACUUCAACGCAAAACUAGGAAAGGCUACAGAAGAGGAAUACAAGAUCGGAAGAUUUGGAUUAGAAGAAAGAUCAUUGUCGGUGGACAUGGGAAUCGCCCUCUACUGCAACUCGCGCGGAGAUCGACUACAUACUCACCAACAGGAGACGCUGGGUGAAGCGCAGCCUUGCGAACAAGCUGGAUUCCGUCAGAAGUUCAGCUGCUUGGACCACGUCCAGACCGUGUCGAGGGUCAUAGAAGUUUGCCGUGAAUACUGCCUACUCUUUGUUCUAGCAUUCGUCGACUAUGAAAAAGCCUUCGACAGCGUAGAAUCGAAUGCAAUACAAUCGGUCGACCAAGACGUGGACGCGUAG